UCCUCUCUGAAAUUACCGCGCUUUCCACCCAUUUACAUACAGAUGGCGACAACUGUAGAUAACUCUCGUUUGAAUUAUUCUCCUUUCUCUACCUUACCUACCAUUUACGUUCUUCAUUUCUCAAUCCUCUUCCCUUACCAAAAAGGAGAAGACUUUCGCUUCAGAUCUCUUCUUCCUUUCUCUUCCCCUUCAGGCUUUCAAUGCCAGGGGUCACUGUCAAGCUCUACAGCGUUCUCUUCAAGUUUCUUCUCAAACGUCGAUUGGAAACCCUAGCCGAUUCUUCUCUCAAAUUUGACUCUUUCGGCGUCACAUCGCGCCCAGACGAACCCGCCGCCGCCGCAAAACCAUUCUUUGGUGAAGAUGGUGUCGCCACCAAGGACAUUCAUAUUGACCCUUUAACUUCUCUCUCUCUACGAAUAUUUCUUCCCGAAUCCGCCAUUUCUAGAACAUACCCAGUUUCUACUUUUAAAAUUGGAUCUCCCCGAUAUCAAGCAAAAGUCUCUCCCGAAGUAGACGCAGCAGACGGUGGAUCAUACGGGGGUUAUUCCCCAGCUGUGGAUAAGAGUUGUCGGAACUUGCGGAAGCUUCCUGUGAUUUUGCAAUUUCAUGGAGGAGGAUUUGUAAGUGGGUGUAAUGAUGGUUUGGCAAAUGAUUUGUUCUGUAGACGAAUAGCGAAGCUGCUUGAUUCGAUUGUGAUAUCUGUUGGGUAUAGACUUGCUCCUGAGAGUCGGUAUCCAGCUGCUUUUGAGGAUGGGAUGAAUGUGUUACGUUGGUUGGGAAAACAAGCGAAUUUAGUAGAUUGCAUUGUUGGUGGUGGUUCUAGGAGGUUAAAUCGGCAGCAAAUUGUUGAUGGUUUUGGAGUUUCCAUGGUUGAACCCUGGUUAGCUGCCCAUGGAGAUCCAUCGAGAUGUUUGCUACUUGGAGUGAGCUGCGGUUCAAACAUAGCCAAUUACAUUGCUUGCAAAGCCAGGGAAGCUGGCAAACUUCUAGACCCUGUAAAAAUAGUUGGUCAAGUUUUAAUGUAUCCCUUCUUCAUUGGUACAAUUCCAACACCUUCCGAAAUCAAGUUGGCAAAUUCCUACUUCUACGACAAAGCUAACUGCAUUCUUGCAUGGAAACUGUUCCUCCCCAAUGAAGAAUUCAGUUUAGACCAUCCAGCAGCGAAUCCUCUUAAAACCACGAGAAAUCUGAGACAAAUGCCUCCUACACUAACAGUUGUGGCUGAACAUGACUGGAUGCGUGAUCGAGCCAUUGCUUAUUCUGAAGAGCUAAGGAAGGCUAAUGUGGACGCUCCUCUUCUUGAUUAUAAAGAUGCUGUCCAUGAAUUUGCGACCCUCGACGUUCUUCUUAAGACUCCUCAAGCAUUGGCUUGUGCUGAUGAUAUUGCUAUAUGGGCUAAGAAGUAUAUAUCUCCUAGAGGCCAUGAGUUUUCCUAUUGACUAUUUGUUGCAGAUGGGGGAAAAAUAACAAGGAAAGAAGCAUCAUUGAUUCUUUGUUUAUUUUUGUAAAGAGUUUUCUCUUUUCUUUGUAUAGUUUUUCCUAGCGAUUCUUUCGUUCUUGACUCGGUUUGCACAUUUAGUUUAUUUUGAUAAACAAAUAUCCAUUAUGUAAUGAGGUGUGAUGGAAAGAUAAAUUUAUUUUGUAUAAAUGUGUGGUUGGUUAGUUGAUUAUGAGAUUGAAAUCAUUAUGUUAAAUAGGUUUUGGAAAACUA